GUGUAACUUAUUUAGGUAUGCAAGAAGGUUAGGCCAGCAAGUGACGAGGAACUUCCGUCGGCAUAUGUAGAAGAUUAUCGGUAGUGUUCUUACCACUUGGUCUUUAUUGCUUUUAUGCCUUUCCAUUCAAAGGGUCGUAGUAAUGAGUGGUGUUUUAUCAUCCCUCAUUGCUCCUUCAUUUCUUGCUAACAAAUACAGCAGUUUCUAAUUUCAUAUGCCAAAGUUUAUCUGAUGCCACAAUGUAUGUGGGUAGAUGUGCCUUAGACGCAGAAGUAAUGAAGUAUGUUGGUGAAACAUAUCCAAAAGGGAUCUUUGCUGUAUACUGUGUGAAAGGAAAGGAUGCAGAGGAUGAAGGAUAUAAUUUUGAGCUUGUUGUGGUGAUUUCAGCUGCUAGACACAGCCCUCAAAAUUUCUGCAAUGGUAGCUGGCGAUCAAUAUGGAAUGUAGAGUUUACAAAUGACCUCCAAAUGGUGGAAAUGAGAGGGAGCAUGCAGGUUGGAGCGCACUACUUUGAAGAGGGAAAUGUGCAGUUUGAUGCAAACCAUGACUGCAAGGAUACAACACAAGUCCAGGCAAGGCCAAACUAAUUUAAAAGAAGAGAACCCGACACUGAUCUUGCACAAAUCUUUUUCAUUCCUCUUCAUACAUAAAUUUGAUUGUAAUGCCGAACUAAAAAGGGGUUUUGGUAUUCACCAGUUUGCGUGGAAGAUUAAGAUUGUAAGAGAAAAUAGGAAUACCUAAUGCAUAGGAUACAAAAAUUAAUUGGAGGCCCAACUAAAUCAUGGUUAGAAAAAAAAACUGACAAAAUCUUUCAGAAAACUUCUUGCAUUCAUCAUCUUAUGCUAUAAUGAUCAAAAAGGCCAAAGUAAACAGGAGAAUAUGUAUUUGAGGAAUUUGAUAGGAAGAAUAAGGAUGGUAAGAUUAAACAUAAAGGGACUGCCUUAUGCAUCUAUGAGAUUAUAUAAUAGAUCAUGUGUGUGGUUUGGCCUUAGUUGAUUGAAUUCAACUGACUUAAUCUGUGCGAAUUCAACUGACUUAAUCUGUGCUAUUAUUAGUCCCCAGAUGAUACUGCACUGUCCUUGGUACACAUUAUUAGACAGCAUGAAACUGAGUAUAUGACAUCUCUUCAGAAAUCGUAUCUGAAUUUAUCUGACACUACUUUCAAGGACCUCCGAAGAAAACUUCCAGUGACUCGAACAUUAUUCCCGUGGCAUAAUACUAUGCAAUUCUGCCUUGCCAGAGACAUUUCCAAAGAACUUGGAACUGGAAAAUAGAGACUUCAUUUGAUAUUUACGCAAAAUAUGUUUGGGGCACGAUGUUUUUUCUCCCUCCCCCGCGCCCACACACGCACAUACACCCUUUCGGUGUAUUUCAUAUAGCUAUUUGCAUUAUGUGCGCUUUGUUGGUGAUCAAAUGUGGGUUUUAAUGGGGAUAUGCAAAGGUCUCUUCUUCCUGAAAACUUGAUUUAUAUUGGAGCCACCUCUAGUUUAUCUGUAAACAACAAUAGUCAAAGUUAGGCAUUGAGAACACAUCAGAUAAGUUAUCAAGGU